AUGGCUCUCGCAGCCUUGAGUUCCCUGACUGAUGAGCUGAUUACCACCAUUGCAAGAAUCCCCGCCGAUCAAAGGGACACUGCACGCGUCGCACAUCUGAAGCGACGUGUAGAAGGAGCUCUGCGCCCCGGUGUACAUGGCUUGACGGAUCAAUUUGCUGUGACUCGUCAGUUGAAUGGCCUGCGGGAGAAAUUUCAGGUUGUCAAUCGAGAUGAACUGGCAGAGGCUCUGCAUGAUCGUCUCCUUGAAUUGGAGGAUCACCGCAAAUCAUGGUCACCAGAGAUCCUGAGCUUGCUUUUACAACUCUCUGAUCGUCCAGCUCUUUUAUCCAAGGUGGACAAUCUUUCAAAGCCAACUCAGGCACCUGCUCCAGAAUCAUUGGCAUGGUCCGACUUGAAGGGCAUAGGCGGGCCUUUCGGUGACGAAGAUAUCUGGGAGAAAGUCGAUUUUGCUGCAGAUUCCUCCGAUGAUGAAUUUGCAUCUGUCUCCAGCAUAGAAUCGCAUCAUCGAAUUAUACCUCGUACACCCGAGAUCCCGGAAGAGGACUACAUCAUUCCAGAUGAAGUCUUCGUACCGGGAGAAGACCGAGAAUUAAUGAAUUCUAUAGAAAGCGUCCAGUUCUGGAAACCAGGAAAUCAUGCUCUGGUAACCCGACGGAUAGAAGAGAAUUCCAGAGCUAUAACUGAAUUGCAGCUAGCCAGAGAAGUUAUCUUCAUGCUACAAGGUCUGCCGACCUCCAUAUUCUGGCGCCUCGAAGGUGAUAUCGUGGUGGAUCGCAGAUAUAACCUUGCACAUUCAUCCACCGAAGCCCUUUCAUCACUACUACAUGGUUUCACUCAGAUUGGGUCUAAGUUAGAUACUGUCCGACAGUUUGCCAGCCUCCCACAGACGAUCCCCUAUAUGCAGACCUUCAGCCGAGGUCUCGAGGCUCUAUUACUUGAAUUUGACGGAUUCCUUUCCCGAACUCAAUGUCAAUACCUUUCUCCUGGAUCCACAGUCAGCCUUCUUCAGUUGUUGCACGAUACUCGAAUUCGUUCCCAUCAUUUAGAUUUACUGGCAGAACUCAUUCUCAAAGCGAGUCAAAAUAGCUCGCAGCCCAUGCUGUGUCUCGAUUUGCUAUUCGACACAGUCUGCACACUAGAGGCUCUAGGUGACGAUAACACAUCGAAGAUGCUUGCCACGCUCUUCUUCUCGUGCUUCAAGACCUACACUCGCUCUAUCCAACUAUGGAUGGAGACUGGGCAGGUCGACCCCUUGGACAGUGCCUUUUUUGUGAGAGUGAAUUCAAUGAACGGGGAUUUGCGACUUCUAUGGCAUGACUGGUAUGUGUUGGAUGAGGGAUUUCAACGACAAAAUAUCCCCAACUUCCUGGAACCUGCCGUCAACAAAGUCUUCACCACAGGAAAGAACAUGGUCUUUCUACGUCAUUUGAAUGCUCUCCCAGAGGAUUCUGAACCAUCUGAACAACCAGAGGCCAUAUUCAACGAUCUCAAAUCUUCUGAUUCAUCCCUAUCCUGCCUUCCAUUUUCUGCACUGGUGGACUCCACAUUCGAUAAAAUAGUCAAUGCAAACCAUUCUGUCAGUGCAGGCAUACUACGGUCAGAGCUAGACGAACAAUGUGGUCUGUUGAGCUCUCUAGAUGCCCUGGAACUUGUCUAUCUUGGCAAAGACUUGAGCAUACUGGGAACGAUUGACAGCAAGAUUUUUGAACUAAUGGACCGUGGCCGCGCGUGGGAUGAUAAGUUCUUGCUCACUGAAUCAGCAAGAACAGCUUUCAGCGUUCUGCCUGAAAUUGAUCCAUCAAGGCUAGUGGUUCGAUCCGAAGGAUCUUCACAACGCGAUCCACAGAACCAAAACCGAUCUGUUCGGUCCCUUGAGUCAAUAUCAAUUGACUACGUUCUCCCAUGGCCUGUGGCCAACAUCAUUACUGAUGAUGCCAUUCAUUCAUUCCAGCGUAUCGCUACUUUCCUCAUGCAGAUACGGCGUGCUAAAUAUGCACUCGUCAGACAGCGCAUACGGGACGCACGUAUACCCAAGGAUCAUACAGAGCACAGCCUCGUUCAUGGUCUCCACCACCACCUUCUAUGGUUCCUCGAUAUCCUCUACUCACAUCUCACCUACCUUGUCAUUUCAACCGCGAACGAAUCACUCCGCUCUACACUCUCACAUGCCAAAGACGUCGAUGCUAUGAUCACCGCGCAUCAAUCAUACUUGUCUUCACUAGAAGACCAGUGUCUCCUUUCCAAAAAUCUAUCUCCAAUCCAUGAGGUCAUUAUCAACAUCUUAGACCUUUGCAUUUAUUUUGCAGACUUACAGGCUGCUCAUGCAUUCGAGCUCGCUGCGCUGGAGGAUGGAAUUUCUGAUUCCCGCUUUGUUCCAAGUUCAUCAAGACGACACUCACAGCCAGUUGACGAGCUUGAUAGCGAUUCGGACAAUAAUGAAGAUGAUGUCUUAGAUCAUGAACAGACAUUGACGAUCUCUUUCAGAGAGUCCCCGUAUGAUCUUCGCAUACGAAACCUGAAGGGUCAGUUUGACCACUUGGUUGGUUUUGUCGCGGAUGGCUUGAAGAGUGUUGCUCGCGCAGAAGGACUUCCUAGUUGGAAUAUUUUGGCAGAGAGGUUGGAGUGGAGGAAGAGCUGA